AUACAAUCAUCAUCAAUCCAUCAAUCCAAUCCAAUCAAUCUCAGCCGUCCAUUUCCUUCCAAUGGAACCCUUCAUCCUCGUCCUCCUCACCAUAAUCUUCUCCGCCUGUCUCCUCCUCCUAUUCUCCGGCCGCCGGCCGGCCAAUCUCCCGCCGGGACCUCCGCCACUCCCCCUCAUCGGAAACAUCCUUCAGGUCGGCCCAAACCCCCACCAAUCCUUCGCCCAAUUCGCCAAAACCUACGGCCCGAUAAUCUACCUCAAGUUCGGCACCAUCGACACCGUCGUCGUCUCCUCGCCGGCGACGGCGAAACAGGUCCUCCAAAAGCACGACCAUGUCCUCUCCUCCCGGCCCCACCCCGCCAUGUCCGAUUCCUACGCCCACAAUCAGAUCUCCCUCAUCUGGCAGCCCACCAAUUCCCGGUGGCGGACUCUCCGGCGGAUCUGCAAAGACCAUAUGUUCACCCUCCACCGCCUCGAUUCCGGCCGGGACCUCCGCCGGGAGAAGCUCCACAAGCUCCGGGACUUUCUGGACCACCAAUGCCUCGCCGGCGGAGGCGCCGCCGUGAACGUCGCCGACGCGACGUUCACGACGGUGCUGAACAUGCUGUCGUCGACGCUUUUUUCGAUCGAUUUUGCGGAUUAUCGGUCGGAAGUUUCGGAGGAUUUCAAGGGGCUCGUUCAUGGUCUUAUGGAGGUCGUCGGCCAGCCGAAUGUCGCCGACUAUUUUCCGGUGCUGAAGGCGGUGGAUCCUCAGGGGCUGAAGAGGAAAACGACGACGUAUGUGAGGAAGCUGUUCGGAGUCUUCGAGGAUAUAAUUGAGAAACGCGUGAAGUCACGUUCAGACGACCAUGGCGGCGCCGGCGCCGGCGCCGGCGAUCUGUUAGAAUCGCUGCUUGAAGUCAGCCGGAAAAGUGACUCCGACAAAGAAUUCACCCGCGAGGAUAUUCUGCAUUUGCUUAUGGAUUUAUUUGUAGCCGGAAUCGACACAACAUCGACGAUAAUCGAAUGGACAAUGGCAGAGCUAAUACGAAACCCAGAUGUAAUGACGACAGCCCGACAUGAACUCGACACCGUUAUCGGGCCAAACAAAGAAGUCGAAGAAUCGGACAUAUCCAAACUACCGUACCUACAAGCCAUUAUCAAAGAAUCUUUCCGGCUCCACCCGCCGGGUCCUCUUCUCGUCCCUCACCAGGCCGCGGCCGACGUCGACGUCGACGGGUACGUAAUACCCACAAAAGCCCAAGUUCUAGUGAACAUAUGGGCUAUGGGCAGAGAUCCCGGCAUAUGGGUCGAUCCCGAUCAUUUUAAUCCCGAGAGGUUUUUGGGCAGCAAGAUCGACGUCAAGGGUCAGGAUUUCGAGCUGUUACCGUUCGGUUCGGGCAGGAGGAUUUGCCCGGGAUUGCCUCUGGCGCAUCGAGUCGCGCACAUGAUGGUCACUCUGAUGAUUCGGGGCUACGAUUGGAAGCUUCCGGAAGGAAUCGAACCUCAAGAACUCAACAUGGAUGAAAAGUUCGAGUUUUCACUGCAACGGGCUACGCCCCUUGAGGCGAUUCCCGUCAAAAUUUGAUGUACCGAGACGAAUUGCGGAUUUUAAAUUUAAAACUCAGUCGGGUUCAGGCGGGUAGCGGGUUUAAACAUGGUGCUCUCAUGCCAUUUUCAACUUAUUAUUUUAUUUUUACUGCAGUUAUUUUAUUUUUAUGUUAUUUUAUAUAAUUUUUCAUAAUUUAAAAUUAUAUUUCAGUUUUAA